AUGGCAAAGCGUGGGCCCGCUUGGGCAGGCGAUGUUGCUGCGUUGUCUGAUGUCGUGGCCCGACGCAUCGCAAAACCCAACUCCGUACCAACGUACCCGAAGCAAGCGCCAGAUGAGUCCGACCCCAAAAAGAUCAUGAAGGCGAAGCCUUUCAUGAGGGACUUGAGUAAGUUGUCGCCCAAGCUGGCCUUCAAACUUACGGACCUCACUAGUGCGGUCGGCACCGCCUACAAUAGGAACGGCUCUGACUGGGGCUUGGACGACGCCCAGGUCAAGGGCGGGAAGGGCUGGAUCAAUGUCAAUGCGAGGCGGCUUCGCAUCAUGCGCAGGCACGCGUCCAAGGCGGCAGGCGCCGCCCAGCCUGCCAGGUGGGCCACUCAGCUCUUCGGGGGCGACGCCAAGGGCGACGGCGAGAUGGACCUCGAGGGCGGGGCGGAGGCAGGCGAGCAGAAGGCCGCCAAGAAGAAGAAGAAGACACAGCGCCGCAAGGCGAAGAAAGCAAAUGAGAAGGCGACCGCGCUUCCGACUGCGAGCGCUCCGUCACUUGUUGGCCCAAGCGCUGCGGGGGGUACGACGUGGGUGUUUGGGUGGCGGUCGACCCUCAUGAAGGCCUGGCGCAGGAAGUCAUUGGGGAACUGUCCGUGCGAGUACACUGACGAGCUCAUCAUCGGCGACGUCGGCACUGACUUUAUCAAAGCGAAGUGGGGCGACGACGUGUUCCCGAUUACAGAGUGCACCGUCGACGAGAACUGGGCGGACCACCAGAAAGCCAGGGCCCAGAAAACCAAAGAGAACAAGCAACUUUUCGAUUGUGAGUUCGAGGGCUACGACCUCGCGCUCACGAAGAAGCUGUGCAAGGGCACCACGUACGGGAAGAAGAACACGGCGGUGCAGUCGACGAAGGACUUGCUGCAGACCUUCAUGGAUGGCAAGAUUAAGAUCUCAGACCUCAAGCCUGCAGCUCGCAAAAUCAAGGAGUCACUUGACUCGGGGUCGGAGGCCGAGGCCACUGGUGCCGAGGCGUCGGCGGACCUCGGCGAGAUCGAAUGCGAAGGCGAUGAGGAGGAGUACGAGGACGAGUUCGACGAGAACUCGGAGAGCGGCGAUGACGAGGACGGUGAAGAAUAA